AUGGGAAAAGCAGUGAUAAUGGUGGUGAGACUUGUUACUUUAGUUUGCCUUGUGGGAUCCCUCAUCCUCCUCCUUACAAGUAAUCAGUAUUCCGACAAUGAACGCCUUUUCUACACAGACGAUCAGCUUCUAACUAAAUUUAACGAUUUUCGUGUUUAUGUUUAUAUGCUGGUUUGCAUUGGCGUGGGAUUUGGUUAUAACCUCUUUCAAACACUUCUCUCGCUAAGCAUUGGAGUUAGCCUUUUAGAUCUAUUUGGUGACAUGAUCAUAACAAAUAUACUGAUUUCAGGCGCAGCUGCAACUUAUAAUUUUACACUGGAAUUGAACCGCACAACCGACCUAGAGCCCAAUUGUUUCUUCAACAAGAUCUUUGUAUCUGCAGGGCUUUCUCUACUAGCAACUCUCUUCACAUUAAUGGCGUGA